AUGGAGGAAAACCCCUGCUCCCGUCUCCUCGCCUCUCACGCCGCUCCCCUCCCGGCGUCUCCUCGCCUCCCACACCGCUCCUCGCCUCCUCGCCUCCCACGCCGCUCCCCUCCCGGUCCGCCGCCGCGCCGGUCCGCCACCGCGCCGGUCCGCCGCUGCGCCUCCUCCCGGUCCACCGCCACGCCUUUCCCGACGGUGGGAGAGGCGGGGGCGGCGGAGGAGGAGGGGAAAGGCUGCAGCUCUGGCGUCCUCCUCGCCUCCCGUCGUCCUCGUCGCCUCCCUCGCCGCGCCUCCUUCUCCGGCUGCUGCUGCUCAGGCGGCUCCACCGCGGCGACCUCACCGAGGGACGCCUCCACCUCGAGCAGCCGCCGCCGCCGCGAGGAGGAGGAGCGGGUGGGCCGGGCCGCCGGCGGCGGCACGGAGGAGGUGCGGGUGCAGGUGCGGCGGGGGCUUGACCUGCGCCUGCUUCUUCUUGUCGUCGUCGGCGGCUUCCGCGGCUUCACGUUGGAUCUGGCCGGGGUCGGCGGGAGUGAAUGGCUCGAAGCCGACGGCGGCCGGCGGCGGGAGCGGACGGCUUCUCCUCCUCGCCGAUUUCCCCUUUCUUUUCUCUACCAAAUUACUCGAGAAAUUUUGUUUGUUUGGUCUACAUCUGUGGUGGUUUUCUUCCUUUCCUCUACCAAAGGAUUUUGUGUUCUCUUUCUCAGAUUUUAAUGAAGAAUAAUUGUGAUUCAA